AUGCUAUAUUUAGAAAUAUUUAUUAUACAGGUUUUGACAACGUGUUUGUAUGAUGCUAUAUUUAGAAAUAUUUAUUAUACAGAUUUUGAUAGCAGACGGCCAGAUGAGACACACAUCGAGUUGAAUGAUCGAUCAGCUGAACUGAGGCAGCUCGACGUGGAUCAGUCUGACGGAAGUAAGCUGAGAUGGAAGACGGCAUCGUCGUCCAUCGGACGGAACAUAACAUAUGUCCAAGAUGGCGGCCUGCAGGUGAAUGUUGCUGGGUUGUAUCAUAUCUACUCACGGCUGGUGUUUGUGGAUGACGGGAAGGACACAGCUGACAGAACGGUCUCUUACUCCAUCUGGCUGCGCAGCCCGGGCAAGGAAGACGAGAAACUAUUGGACAUCAGCCCUAGCUUCCAAAGCGCAAGCUUUGAGCUGGAAGCAGGUGAUAUUGUCGAGGUGCGCAUGAGUGAUGUGGCGCAUCUUCAGAAGUUGGGCGAUAAGAACGAUAAUUAUUUUGGACUUUACUAUGUGGUGUAGGGAAGAUGCCAGUAACUGGGGGAGGGAGGCAAACUGGAGAGUCCCGUUAUAAAAUAUGAGGUCAUAGGCUAUAUAUAAUAUCUCAAAACCGGAGGUUUAGGAAACCUCAGUAAACCGAAAUUCCCUGAAAACUAAACACCUUUCAUAGUUCAUAAACGUUUUUAAAUAUCAGUAUUGAACAAAACCUCUUUAAACCGGAUAUACACAGUGGCGGAUCAAGAAAAUCCAUACAGGGGUCACAGUGACAUUCCCAAAAGAUUUCUCUGUUUCUUCAACGUCAACAUUGAAAAAUUAAAUGUCUAAUUUUUUAUCUUUUACAACUGUGAUUAAAUCAUGUAAACAUGGUUUAAUUAAAUAGCGAAGCCGUCCAGACCAAGAAAUGUCUUAAUUCUUUGUAAUAUGUUACAAUAUUUAUUUUUAAUUAGAAUUGUUUGAUAAUUGUAGAUGCCAUUUAAAUGUCUGUAUACAUUUUUCAAAUUCUAGCUAGGCUGAAAUGGUGAUAACUUAAGUCUCAAUACACGGAUGUUAUCCACAGUAGAAAUCCAUAUAAAAUCGCUAAACUUUAAAUUAUCAAAAUUGCCGAUAUAAUACAAUGGUUUCUUGUUGGCUCUAAGGACAUAUUAUAUCAUGUUGGAGAUAUUUUAUGUCUUCAUUAUCACUCCACUGUUAAGGACAUUUACGUCUCAGAUUUGUUUGCUAUUGUAUCGGUACGUACAGCUGGUGUAGGAACCGAUUCACACCAGUCACCUGUUCUGCUGUACGCUCGUGUCCCAAAACGUUCAAUGCCAAACUUACAAAAUAGGAUGGGUAAAUUCUUAGCAGAGGACUUAUAAAUGAAAAAAAAAUCAUUCGAAUGUUUUUGCAAUUAUUAGAAGUGAAUAUGUGAAGCACACCUAGUAUCAAAAUUAAGAAUUAUCGAGGUUGAAUUCACUGACCCGUGAAGUGAGACUUAACAUUAUUCUACUGUGAUGUUAUUUUUACAAUUAUAUAUAUACUUUUGUACUUUGUGUAGUAAUUUUUAUUUUAAAUGUUUUGUUAUAUAUAUAUAUAUAUUUUAUUUUUUUAUAGCAUUUAUUAAUAUUGCAUUACAUUUACUUUUUACUUUGUAUAUUUAACAAGAACACUGAACACGUGCUGGGUGUAGAAAGUAAAUGCUACUCACAAUUCACAUUUUGAUUUUUGAUAAUCAUGUAGCUUUAAAUUUUGCUUACCAUCUUUUUGUCUUUUCUUUUUGGGAUGGGGGUUGGGGACAGUAUUCCAGAUAUAUCUAAAAGUUCUGAUUUUGAGAAGUGAUAAUAUAAAAUUUAUUUAAUGAUAAACUUUUAUUUUUCUCAAGUUUUCCGCAUUGCUGUUUAAAAGGGGGUUACACUAUGAGCAAAUAAUGAGUUUACUUUGUAGAAAUGCUUCUAACAUUUGCUUCUCCAAAGUGAAUUUCCAGACUUGAUCAAACCUGCAUACCAGCUGUGUGUAUUAUGUGUGUAGGUGUUGUAAGGUUUUAACGUGGAUUUCAUAUUUACAGUUUUCAUUGUGUGUUAACAAUUUUUUAUUUUUUAAAAUAUAUUUUAGGAAAUGUAAUAAUUAUGGGAUAUUGGACGAACUUCCAUUUUGUAUGGUGUUUGUGUCCCGAGUGAAAUAGUUUUCAGUUGUUAUGGGCUUUAGCGAGUGAAACUAGGAAUUGUUUCACUGGGGACAUAGACGUGGUGCGGGGUGGUGGCGAGUUUAUUAUUCUAUGUAUUACUCAUAGUCGAUCUUAAUUUACUAUAUCACUCAACUUGUUUGGUUGGCGUCCAUGUAAGUUUGUAUUGCGAUAAUCGAUGAUAUGUUGUAAGAUAUUUUUGUAUUCCCAAAAUAUAUUAAUAUAUGACUUCUUGUAUAUAUGGGCUGAUGGGCUUACAUACAGUAAAGUAAUUGAUUGAACAAAUAUAGGUGACAAGAUCAGAUAUUAUAAAUGUUAUAGUAGUAGGAGAGGGAAGGGAGACAGCAUAACGGGUUAUUGCCUUCUGACGUGCGCUGUGGGUUAUAAUGGAAGACCCUGAAUUUGGGCUCGGUCACAAACUUAAGAUCAUCACAACCUAACUUUAAUGCCUUCUAGCCCUACCCUGUUUGUAUUACACGUGAGGUUACGACCAGCGUACGUAGUGUUGGACAGUAAGAUGUGGCUUAGUACUGUCUUUAAAAUAGUUUUAUCAUGUUCGAGUACAUUUAUGAAAAUCUUCUUGCAUAUUAAUGAGUAGUAUAAACGCUACAAGAAAACCACAACACCUCUGUCUGGUAUCAGGUGUCGCGUUUCUUCUUGUAUCGUGUUCACUAGAUACCAACAUAUCAAUUUACAGUCGUGAGUCAAAUUCAAAUUCGAAGAUCUGUGGCAUCAGAUUUAGACUAUCUUGAGUAUUUUAGACGUAAAGGACAUUUGGUUGUUAAAUGUUUUUAAAAUUAACAUUUUUUAACACUACGUACACUGUAUCCCUGAUCUCGCAGGUAAACAGGACAGAGCUAGAGGGCACUCCAGCUAGCCGCAACCUUGGAUAUAAUGCAAUUGUCAGGAUGAAGUUUACCAACUCGACGGUUGCGUUGUAAUUUCCCCAACUCCCACUUUACAAAAGGUGCGCUCAGACUAAGAGCAAACGGGUUAUGCGACGAGAAUCGAGUUGUAAGAACGGUCAGACUAGCAACUGGAAAGUCGUAGAAGUCGUGAGAGCAAAACGUUGGCCAAGUUUGUGCUGGUAGUUGGUAGUCUGACCUAGUAUAGCAGAUUAAAUACGAAUGGUUUUAACAUCGAGUCCAGAUCACGGGAGGAUUUAAAUAUUCUAUCGAUCAUUUUCUUUCAAAGCCUCUAUCGUGAUAGUACACUAUUUUGGUGGAGGAGUGAUAAUUUGAUAUUUUAAUUCUUGGACCUUCUGACCGAAAUACUGGCACGUUUUGAUCACAAAGUGGGUACGUUUCGACUAAUAAUGGGUAGGUUGUGGUUGCGUAUGUUUCUAAGCGGGUACAUUUUGACCUGCUUCCGAGAAUUCGCCAUUCGACCUGAGCAAUCGAUAGGAAGGCAGCAACUAGGUGGGCUUUUUUAAUGUAAAUACAUUCAGAGCAGACGUGUUAAAUUCAGUGUUGUAGGUUCCACACAGUGAAUUAAUUUUCGGUAAAAUCAUACCCCGAAGAUGGAUGCUAACCUACAAUAUUGUUUCCUAGCGGGGUCGGAGGCGAGGGCGGGGGUGGGGAGGGGGAACUAAACCUUAUAGACCAUAGCAAUAUGUAUUUAGAGAGUCGCUACGUUUUGAAAGGUUGGGACACUAGGCUUCCAUUUAAAUUAUUAUUUUUUUUAUUAUUAUGCUGUUUUUGUUGUUUCUUUUUGCAUAGCAAACUUUUGUUACAUUGCUUUGUGUCAAAUAAAGUGUGUUCUUGUC